AUGCCACCGAAGAAGCGCGGGCGCGGUAGCGCGGUGCAAUCCGCUGCCACACCGAGUCGUGACGACGAUGCGAUGGACAUUGACACACCCCAGGCCUCGGAAACGCCCGCGGCGUCUGCGCCACCUGACAAGCCGAUAUAUGAUGUGCUCCAGAGCUGCUGGACAUCCGAGCAGAAAGCAGGGCUGUUCUCGGCCGUCAUACGGUGGAAGCCUUCGGGCAUGCACAGACACUUCCGCAUGAUUGCCAUCUCCGAACAUUUACGUUGUCGCGGGUUCGAUCCGGACGUCUACCAGCACACGCGCAUCCCAGGCAUUUGGAAGGAGCUGGCGGCCGAGUACGAGCUCGAAACGAUCAACGACCGCGACAACUCGCUGGACUACGUCGAUGAGGCCGACGUCGAGUCCCGCUUCAAAGAGUUUUGUCUGCCUCUGGUCGACUUCCGCGACGACAUGAUGGAGCGCGCGCUGGCGGACGAGGAUGACGACUCCGCCGCCUCGUCACCAGCACAGUGGCGCCCGGAAUCACCAGCGCCAACCUCACGCGGUGGGGCUGCCUCGGGCGGCCAAUCGGUAGCAGCACCGGCGUCCACCUCCAAAUCGAGUGCUAUAAAACGGAAGCGUGGCGAUAUGUCGGUAUUGCGGAUGCGGUCAUCGACGGUGGACAGUUCUGAGCUGGCAUCGUCUGUGCCAUCACCCGCCGCAACAGGAAGGGGCACACGGAGAGGAAAGCGCGGAACAUCCAGGGCAAAAAAACCGUCGACCCGGCGUGGAGGCGGCGAUGAGGAAGAGGAGGAGGAGGGGCCGGAGGAGGAAGAAGAAGAAGAAGAUGGCGAAGAGGAGGAGAGCGGAAGUGGAGGUGACGAGGAAAACGAAGGCGAGGAAGUAGACGACGAAGAGCAGGAUGAGGAGGACGGCGAGGAGGACGACGACGAAGACGACAACGACGAUGACGAUGAUGACGAAGAAGAAGAGGAGGAGGAGGAGAAGGAGAAGGAGGAGCCCCCCACAACCAAAAGGACAAGAGCUCCUCCACAAAAAGCAGCUCGUGGGGGAACAAGAGGCCGUGGCGCGGCUCGGGGACGUGGGCGUGGACGAGGGCGUGGAGCACGGGGCCGUGGCAGGUAG